AUGGGCGUCGAUAAUAUCUCUAACGACCAUGAAACUGACAAGGUGAUGGAUACGGAAGGCGAGAAGGUCGCAUAUGGAGAUGUGCCUCCUCCACCCUUUGAGGCGGAUAUGGUCGGGGAAAUGAGUGAGGCCGAGAGGAAUGUCUAUGACCACGGCAUCAAGAAGUUCAACCGUCUCGGUUGGAAACGACUCACCAUUGUCCUCAUUGUCGAAGCGAUUGCGCUCGGUAGUUUGUCCAUUCCCUCCACCUUCGCAGUACUAGGCAUGGUCCCCGGUGUGAUCUGUUGUAUCGGCAUCGGUCUCAUCGCCAUCUAUACCAGUUACAUUGUUGGAAUGGUCAAAUUGGCUUUCCCCGAGGUUGCCAAUUAUGCCGAUGCGGGUCGGUUGUUGGGAAAUCGGUUGGGGUGUGGUCGCUUUGGAUAUGAGCUCGUCAAUGCCAUGCUCGGUCUCCAAUUAAUCUUCCUCACGGCCUCGCACUGUCUGACGGGAACCAUCGCAUUCCUCGACAUCACCAAGAGUGACAUUUGCUCGAUCAUUUUUGCUGUCGUUUCCGCCAUCAUCCUGCUCUUGCUUGCCAUUCCCCCCAGUUUCACCGAGGUGGCUAUUCUGGGCUAUGUCGAUUUUGCAUCCAUCAUCACUGCCAUCGGAAUCACAAUUAUCGGUACUGGUGUGCAGGCGACCAACUCACCCGGUGGACUUUCCGGAGUCCCAUGGUCUGCGUGGCCGAAGGAGAAUGUCACCUUUACCGAAGCUUUCAUUGCUGUGACCAACAUCGUCUUCGCGUACAGUUUCGCCAUGUGCCAGUUCUCCUUCAUGGACGAAAUGCACACUCCUCGCGAUUUCAUCAAGUCGAUCUGGACCCUAGGUAUCACCGAGAUCAUCAUCUACACCGUCACCGGUGCCACGAUCUAUGCCUUUGUUGGCCAGGAUGUUUCCAGCCCUGCGCUCACUUCGGCUGGAACUACCCUCAGCCGCAUUGCAUACGGUGUUGCCCUCCCUGUGAUCUUCAUCAGUGGUUCGAUCAACACCGUUGUAUUCGGGCGCGUGGUUCACGGUCGCAUCUUCAAGAACUCUCCCAUCCGCUUCAUCAAUACCAAGAUGGGAUGGUUGACAUGGUUGGCUAUCAUCACCGCCGCCACAAUUGCCGCAUUCAUCAUUGCCGAGGUGAUUCCUUUCUUCAACGACUUGCUUUCGAUCUCUUCUGCUCUUUUCAUCUCCGGUUUCACUUUCUAUUUCCCUGCCAUGAUGUGGUUCAUGCUCCUUCGGAAAGGCGACUGGAAAGAGCCCAAGAACUUGGUCCAGGCAAUUGCCAACACCGUGAUUUUCCUGAUCGGUAUGGUGGUGCUUGUUGGAGGAACCUAUUCCAGCAUUGACGACAUCAUUAUCAAGUACGACAAAGGAGAAGUCGGCGGUGUCUUCUCGUGUGCUGCUCCCAAGUAA